AUGGUACUCCAACUUGAUGUGGGAAUAAACAAAGAAGACAGCAACAAGCUUCCUGCCAUAGACGACUUCUUUGGCUCUUAUGGAAAACACGCGAGCAAUUUGGAUGUUGAAAGACAGCACAAUUCACCUCGCCAAACUGAACGAACCAAGAGAAAGGCGGUUCUUGAACCUGACGCACAAAAAGACAAAAGAACCAAAACAAAAACCGCCGCCAAGGCGUCAUCUAAACUAGACAAAAAGAUCGAAGCAAAGGAGAGUCAGGAAGAUGAAGAAGAAGAGGAACAGGAGACAGGAGUCGACGCUGACUCAAGGGAGUCAGACGGCAAUGAGGAAGAAGCGUUGGAGCGGACGCUGUUUGUGGGAGGAGUGCCUCUUGCAUCUACGAGGAAAUCGAUCAAGAAGUUUUUCCAAGAAUUCGGGUUCAUCGAGUCAGUAAGAAUGAGGAGUAUUCCCAUCAGUAAUCCGAAAUUGCCGAAAAAGACUUCUAUUGCCUUGGGCAUGGUCAAUUCAGAAAGAGAAACCUGCAACGCGUAUGUUCGCUUUAAGGAAAAGGGGUCUGUCGCGAAAGCGCUAUCGAAGAAUGGGUCUCUCAUGGAGGGUCACAGGAUCAAGGUUGACCAUGCCAACAUCUCAAAGAACUACAACGUUCGCUUGAGUGUUUUUGUCGGCAACUUGCCGUUCAACGCAGGCAAGCGAUUCCACAAACAUGGCUUCGGAUACGUCACCUUCACAAACGCAGAGGAAGUGCAGCUGGCAUUGAAAAAGCAUGAAGCAAAAUUUGAGGGACGAGCUCUGCGAGUGGUGAGGGCUGCCAAGCGACCAGCACAGACAGAAACUUCGAAAGAGGACUCAGGAAAGUUUUCCGGAGCUAAGAGACGAUUGCUUGAGAAAGGGAAGCAAUUGGACGAGAUUGACAAGGGGAAAUCGAGCAAGAAAGCUAGAACAGUUCCACAGUUCAAAGCCCCGAAGCCCAAGGGAGGGAUCGUCAAGGGUGGGAAGAAACGGAUGAGGGCUAAGAAAGCUCAACAAGCUGCACAAAAAGCAGCUAAAAAGAUGACCAAGAAACGAAAGACUUAG